AUGUCUAAUACAGAGAUUAAAAGUCGUUUUCAUAUUUUACAUGUUGAAGUUUCACAUGGUUCUGAUCGAUAUGAUAUUCAUCUUCAUUUGGAACGACCACCUUUGGUUAAAGAUCUUAUGGAAGAAGUCGAAAAGAAAGCUCGAGUAACAACUGUGAAUCAACAACUUAUAUUUCGUGGUCAACGUUUACAUCAAAAUCCAGAUACAGAAUUAGAAAAAUUUGGUCUAUUUAAUGGAAAUCAUAUUAUGUUAAUUGGAGAAAAAUUACCAGAUAAAGAAGAUCGACAUUUUCAACGUUUAUUAAGUAUUGAGAAAGAUGUUAAACUUAUUGAUGAUGUUCUUGAACUUGUUUGUCGUGAUUUUGAAAAUAUAAAACAAAGUCAACAACCACGAAAUAAAUGUGAACAUUUUCUUCAUGAUUUACAAGGACGUACUGAACGUUGUCAAAAUGAUUUAAAAACUUUUCAAACGAUUACAAAUGAUCUUAAUGUUGACACAACAGAAGUUCAUGCUUCAAGAAAAAAGAAUGAAGUUGUUGCUCUUAUUAAAGAUCGUAUUGAUAUUUCAUCGAAUAUUAUCUCAGCUAUUUCAUCGUAUCAAGAUGGAAAGAAUGAUGAAAACAAUCGUCCAGACAACAAAUGA